AUGGGAUCGGGAAUGGUUCCGGUGGCGCUGGCGCUGAUCCUCUGGAAUUCCGUGGGAGCUUCGGAUCCGUGCCCGGAGAACCCGGAAUGUCGGGAUCCAGGAGGAGAGGCCGGAAUCCCGGGCUGCCCGGGAUCCUGCCGCUCCCGGCUUUCCUGGGAAUCUCCGGUUUUCCCCGGGAACGGGGAGCGGCAGCCGCUGUCGGCGGGGGCCCGCGGCUACGUGAUGAGCCACUUCCGAUGGAACCGCUUCGGCCGCCAGAACAGCAGCGAUCCCGACGGCCGGAAACGGGAAUUCCAUCCCGGAAUUCUUCCCGCCUUUUCCCGGCCCUGGGGAGAGGCGGGAAGGGACGGGAAGCGCUCCUACUCCAUGGAGCACUUCCGAUGGGGAAAGCCCGUGGGGCGCAAGAGGAGGCCGGUCAAGGUCUAUCCCAACGGAGCCCAGGAGGAAUGGGAGGAGAAUUCCCAGCCGGAAUUCCGGCGGGAAGAGCCGUGGCGGGGUGGGGAGGAGGAGGAGGAGGAGGAGGAAGGGGAAGGAGGUUGGGAAUUCCCGUGGGAUUCCCGGAAGGAAAAGCGCUACGGGGGAUUCAUGACGUCCCCUUAG